AUGGGUAUCUCAAGAGAUUCGCGUCACAAGCGGUCAGCAUCUGGAGGUUCGCAGACCCGAGACUUCCUCCGCCACCAUCCCUCCUCACCACUAACACAACCCAGAGCAUUCGAAAAAGGCCGCCAACCAGCCAACACCCGCAUCGGGCCCAAACGCAUCCACCCCGUGCGCGUGCGGGGCGGCAACCAAAAAUUCCGCGCCCUACGCCUCGACUCGGGCAACUUCAGCUGGGGCAGCGAAGGCAUAACCCGCAAAGUACGCGUAAUCUCCGUAUCCUACCACCCGUCCAACAACGAGCUCGUGCGCACAAACACGUUGACGAAAUCCGCCGUUGUGCAAGUUGACGCCGCGCCUUUCCGGCAGUGGUUUGAAGCGCACUAUGGGCAAGCGAUUGGGCGGCGGAGGCAGAAGAAGGAGCAGGAGGAGGUGGAGGCUAAGAAGAGUAAUAGUGUGACGAAGAAGCAGGCGGCGAGGGUGGCGGGGACGGCGAAGGUGGAUCCGGCGAUUGAGAGGCAAUUUGAGGCAGGGAGGUUGUAUGCGGUUGUGGCGAGUCGGCCGGGGCAGAGUGGGCGGUGUGAUGGGUAUGUGCUUGAGGGGGAUGAAUUGGCUUUUUAUUCGAGGGCUAUUAGGAAGUAA